CUGUGUGUUUAUAUGCGGCUCAAGGUCUGUGGCUUUUGUAAAAUGUUGUUGUUUGCAAUUUUUUUAUUGUUGCAAGAUGAUUGCAAGCGAUGGUUCUAAACAACAGUUAGUAGUUUCUCUAAUCUGGAGCCCUUGAAAUGGCGGUGCGUGUGCGUAGUAUGUGUGCUAAUGAGUUGUGAAAUGCAUUAUAUUAUUUGAUUGAAUGUGUGUGUUCUGUGUUGUGUUUUUCGCGUUUUUAUCUAAUCUAACAUUGCGUUCGGUUCCAUCGAUUUAACCGUUUGAGAUAUGAACCUAUCCCAUCGGCAUCAUCGUAUGCUAUGUGUGUCGCUUCUCGGUGCAGACCAGUGAAGUGUGGAAAAUGUGCGGAGGAUGAUACAAUUGGAUCCGAUCACCUUUUCAUUGCUUUAUUUUGUUAUUCGAAGUUUGCGAAGUUUAUGGAGGCAGCGAGAAAGCGUUACCCUGUGCCCUUUUGAGACAGACUUUGAAAAUGGCAAUGAUGGAACCAAUUCCGGCUGUCGUAAAGCUGACCGUUCUGGGCUACGAGCUGACGGCUAAGCAGAACGCUUAUCUGAAUUACCUGCUUCCCUCGGUAUUUGGAUGCGCUAUGUACGUGGUGCACUUCGCCGUCGACCUGGGGCUUGUUUACAGGUUGUACAAGGAAGAUGAGGCCAUCUGGGCUGGACUCAGCAUCUUUUUCAUGUACCUACCGGCCCUCGCAUGUUUCACGCUCACCGUCUCAUCGUGCGACAUGUGGCCCGAGUAUGAGCGAUUCGGUUGCAAGAGCUUCAAAUGGAUCGUAACGAAGAUCAUCGAGCACGCAUUCUUUCCCAUUUGGAGCAUGUGGAGGUACGCCGAGAAAAUAUUUUGGUCUAUCGAGGGGGUGAGAGGUGCGGACGAGGAAGCCUUACAAAAUUGCUCGGCUCCGAGGACCGUCGAGUUCUACUUUUUCCUGCAGGGAUUUUUGCACACGAUUCCGCAGAUCCUGCUUCAGCUGCACAUCCUCACGCGGAACAUUGUCAACCGCAACAAAGAGACAAUCGAUAUUCAAGCAGCUAGCAUUCUCGUGAAUAUCUGCAUACUGGCCGGAACGACGGUGCUGUACCAAAGGUUCAAGACUCAGAAGGUGGGUGGAAAGGAUUAUCCUUGGUUCAAACCGUACAAGUGUCUUUACGAUCCAUCCGUGGAUUACGUGGAUGGAACGAGAUCUCGGAAGGUGGGCAUCAUCUACAGAACCAGAGAGACGGCCCAGGCCAUCAGGAAGAGCCUCACGGUGGACGUGGAAAGCACCACCAGCAGCGAUUACUACAUGCAGCCAGUAGAGGGCGGCAUUGAUGAGGUGGACAUCGCCAUCCAACCGAUCAGGUACAUCCGGGCGCUCCCCGAGGACGACCUCGUCGGAAAGGUGGUGUCCUUCCUCUGGUGGAUGUGCUUCUUGCUCGCUCGCUUCUUCGCCAUCUCCACAUUCGCUUAUUUCUAUCCGCGCGACGUCAUCUGGCUUCUUGUCUCGCACUUUAUAUUGUGCGUCGCCAUCCUGCUUUACGAUGUUCGGGCAUACGUGGUGCGUCGCACCAAGGCCGUCUUCUUCAUCUUCAUCGGACUCGUCUACAUAUUCUGCAUCAUCGAGUUCAAGAAGAAGUUCAAAAAAGCGCGCUUAAUCUACACAGGAUACUUUCUACUCGUUUUCAUCGAGAACCUCACCAUGUGUCUGGUUUGGUGGUACUCCGAGCUGGAGGACAUCUAUAACGUCUGGUGGUUCAAGUUCUCAUUCAACAUGACCUUGAUUUGCUCCUUCCUCAGUUUUACCACGAUGAUGCUCUACACUUGUGUUAAUCGACCCGACAAAGUAAUUGUCGGCAAGGAAGUUAUCUCCGAGGUCCGCAGCUGCUGAACUGCGCAACAAUACCCAAACCAUUCCGGACGCCGAAAAACCGGAAAACGCUUCGUAUUUACGCAAUGGAAACGUUUAAUUUUAGGAACAAUGUGGUCUCACCAAAUAAACACCAGUGAUCGUUGACGAGUGGCACGCGCUCCUCUCAAAUGUUUCCGUCCGAUCCUUGAAAAUUAAACAUUAAUCGUUAUACGUAUAUAUAUAUACCAAUUUGCAAAAUGUGAUUCAUACUCUUCUUUCAUUGGUUAUUUUCGUCCUUUCCAAAUUAUUUAAUUUGUGUUUCGUGACUAGAGUAACUACAGUCACUAUAGUUUAUAAAACUACAUACAUGACUGUAGAAUAAUGUGAUCCUAUGAAUACUACAUAACAAAUACAAAUACCACAGCUAAUAAUAAAUUUGUAUUAUAUAUA